GAUCGAAUCCCUACUCCUCUGUCUCUGUCUCUGUCUCUGUACGUCUACAUCUUGGGAAGCCUAACUGUUAAUUUACCCUGUCUGAAUAUGCAGCCAAUUUUAUAUAUGUCAUAUACACGGACCUGGAUCCGACGUUAGAGUGUCUUGUGAGUAGAAAAUGGAGAAGUUGAUUGCUGAAUUUUCAGAGAUUGGCAAAAAUAAAAAUAUAGAUGAAGAUGUGGUGGAGCAAAUCUUAUCAACUCUGCCUCCAAAAUCUCUUAUGCGAUUCAAAUGCGUCUCUAAGAACUGGUAUGCCCAGAUCACCAGUCCCAGGUUCAUUGCUAAGCACCUCUCCCACUCCAUGCACAAAAAACAGUACUCUUCUACUAGUGUUCUUUUGAAGCGUUUGGUCGGAAAGGACACCAACACUGAUGAGACUGAAGAAGUUUUCUCAUUGCUUAAUUUUCACUAUGACAAUGAUCAUGAUGGCACUGAUAAGAUAAAUGAAUACAGCUUUAGUUGUGAGGACGUCAAGAUUCCUCAUUCUAUGAGUCAAGAGACUAGGGGCGAGUCACUUAAGAUUAUAGGCCAUUGUAAUGGGAUCAUUUGUCUAGCUACGGCUGAUUCUUGGGAGGUGCUUUUAUGGAACCCAGCUAUUGAGGAAUUUAAGCUUCUUCCCACCAUGCCACCAUCUCCAGCAUGUAGAUUGCUGAUGCCGUAUGAUCCUAUACUUGGAUUUGGUUAUGAUCCUAUACUUGGAUUUGGUUAUGAUCCUAAGUCUAAUAAUUACAAAGUUGUUAACGUCUACACUGGACUUAGAGAUUAUGAGAAGUCUGAGGCUGAUGAUUGUGACAUUAGUAAACGUCCCACAACCGAGGUAUACACACUGGGUACUGAUUCUUGGCGAGAGGGGAAGAACUAUUCUUUAGAAACACAGACUACACUUCUACAGCCCGAGAGAUUCGAGAUGUACUUCCAGGGAUUCUGCUUUUGGUUUGGAUAUGAGCAACUCAAGGAAAUAAAUGUGUAUGAUGCAAUGGAGGAGUCGGCCAUCAGGGAUGUGUUCAUUUUGUUUGAUAUGGAGAAUGAGGUAUUUGAUGGUAUGCCAUUACCCUCUAGUUUAUAUGAUUAUGUAGGAUCUUGUGCCUUUGAGCACCUUCUAGUAUGGAACGAAUCUAUUGCUUUUUCUGUAAAUUAUCAUACUUGGGACAAUAUUGGGGUUCAUAGUUACUAUUUGGGAAUAUGGGUCGUGGAUGAAUUUCAUGUUGAUAGUGAGUGUACCUGGAAAAAACAUUUUACUAUUGAGAUCCUUGAGAAGCCAUUGGCAUUUUUGAAGAGUGAUGAAAUUCUUAUGGCUGACGCAAAUGGAUGUCUGUUCUCCUAUAACAUUGGUACCAAAAUUCAGCAAUAUAUUCCAAUUCAAAGAGUUCCAAGUCGUGAUUCAGCAGCUGUUGUUUAUGUAGAUAGUAUUGUUCCACUGUUGGAAGGCAACAAGACCGGAGAUAAUUCCACCAGUGCUGACUCUUCUAUCUUCAAGUAUCUUCCAAUUAGUCGUUCGAUGGCAGACAACCAAUGGUACUCAUAUUCAGUAUGGGCCUUCCCACCAGAUGAUGUGUCUCUUAGAAUAAAAAGUGUAAUGGACGGCCUCAGGGCGGAGUUUGGUGGACCGGAGAUUGAGCCUCACAUCCCCCUUGUAGGAUCUAUUCGUAUGACGCGUGACGAAGUGCUCAGCAAGUUCAGAUCUCUUCAGUCCCAUAUUAUUUAUUCAUACAAGGCUGAAGUCGUUGAGGUGGUUACUAGGGAAUUUUAUUACCAAUCUGUUUCCCUCCUCAUUGAUUCAAACAGGGAGAAUUGUGGGAAGUUGUUUCAUGCAGCUAGAACUUCCAGCAUUCAUUUCGGCAUGCACAUAGAACAUAGGCCUCGUUUGAGCCUUCUUUGCGGUAAUCUGACAGGAGAACAGAGGAAGAUAGCUCAAGAGAAAGUCAGUAUUAUGGAUGAAAGCAUUACAAGUCUGAGCUUUCCCAUAACUCGACUUGGAUUGUACGAGAUCAACUACAGAGAUACCACUCUCAAAUCGUGGAAGAAGAUUUCGGAGUAUCCUCUGGUCUUGAAUUAGUGGACAUGAUGCGUGCUACUUAUUUUGAUAUACUACUUGUCUGAGCAAUUCUGUGCUUCAAUUAUUGUUUUUCUUUAUUGUUAUAGUCAAAGAC